CCGCCGUGGCAUGCCCCCCCGCGCCCGGAGCCGUCGGCGCGGCGCCUAGCCGCGGCUCCGCGGGGCCAUGCUGCCCUGGAAGCGGAGCAAGGUGGAGCUGGCGGCGGGCGAGGCGCGGCGGCAGAGCAAGCCCAAGGGGUACGCGGUGAGCGUGCACUACUCGGCCCUCACCUCGCUGGCCCGCGCCUGCCCCGAGAGCGCCCUGCACCGCGUGGGCAGCAUGUUCCGCUCCAAGCGGCGGAAAUUCCGCGUCACCAGCGAAGACCCCACUUACACUGUGCUCUACCUGGGCAACGCUACCACCAUCCAGUCCAAGGGCGAGGGCUGCACCGACCUGGCCGUCUGCAAGAUCUGGAGCAAGAGCGAGGCGGGCCGGCAGGGCACCAAGAUGAAGCUGACCAUCAGCGCGCAGGGCAUCCGCAUGGCCCACGCCGAAGACAAGGGUCUGCGCCGGCCCGGCCACCUCUACCUGCUGCACCGGGUCACCUACUGCGUGGCCGAUCCGCGCCUACCCCGUGUCUUCGCCUGGAUCUACCGCCACGAGCUGAAGCACAAGGCAGUGAUGCUGCGCUGCCACGCCGUGCUGGUCUCCAAGCCCGAGAAGGCGAAGGCCAUGGCCCUGCUGCUCUAUCAGACUUCGGCCACGGCACUGGCCGAGUUCCGCCGGCUGAAGAAGCGGGACGACGCGCGGCACCAGCAGCAGCAGCUGGUGGGUGAGCAGAGCAUCCCGCUGGUACCGCUGCGCAAGCUGCUCAACGGGCAGUGCUGCUACAAGCCGCCGGUGGAGCGGAGCCGCAGCGCGCCCAAGCUGGGCUCCAUCACGGAGGACCUGCUGGGCGAGGAGCAGGAGGAGCGGGCCAUGCACUGCGAAUGCGAGGACAUCCUGGAGGCGCUAGGCGAGCCCGAGGGCGAGCUGCUGCGCCCCGGCGCCGGCCGCGGUGAGAGCCCAGAGCUGGGCCAGCUUCUUCGCGACCUGGGCGAGCUGAGCCUCGGCAACGACCUGCGCUCGCUGCGCGCCGACCUGCGCGUCCGCCGGUUGCUUUCCGGGGAAAGCACGGGCAGCGAGUCGUCUCUGGAGAGCGGCGGCACGGACGGGGCCGCCCCGCCCGGCAGCGACGCCGAGCAGCCGCCCCCCGGCGACCCCGAGACCGGCUGAGCGCUCGG